CAGUCUGUUUGUAUUUGUGCGGCCUCAGACAUGCGCAGUAGCCUCCCCCGCGGCGGCAGAGUUCCCGAGCCGGAAGGUCCGGCUGCUUGGGGCUGGGGGGGUCCCCUUCUCCUGGGUCAUGUCUGCCCAGGGCGACUGCGAGUUCCUAGUGCAGCGAGCCCGGGAGUUGGUGCAGCAGGACCUGUGGGCGGCCAAGGCUUGGCUGAUCACGGCCCGCAGCCUCUACCCGGCCGACUUUAACAUCCAGUAUGAGAUGUACACCAUCGAGCGGAAUGCAGAGCGCACUGCCACCGCAGGGAGACUGCUCUACGACAUGUUUGUGAAUUUCCCAGACCAGCCGGUGGUGUGGAGAGAAAUCAGCAUUAUUACAUCAGCAUUAAGGAAUGAUUCACAAGAUAAACAAACCCAGUUUUUAAGAAGUUUAUUUGAAACUCUUCCUGGUCGAGUCCAGUGUGAAAUGUUACUAAAGGUUACAGAACAAUGCUUCAACACCUUGGAGCGAUCAGAAAUGUUGCUUCUACUUUUGAGGCGCUUCCCUGAAACAGUGGUGCAACACGGGGUUGGCCUUGGGGAGGCAUUAUUAGAGGCCGAAACUAUUGAAGAACAAGAAUCUCCUGUUAACUGCUUUAGAAAAUUGUUUGUUUGUGAUGUCCUUCCUUUAAUAAUUAAUAACCAUGAUGUUCGAUUGCCUGCCAAUUUAUUAUAUAAGUACUUGAACAAAGCAGCUGAAUUUUAUAUCAAUUAUGUCACUAGGUCUACUCAGACAGAAAAUCAACAUCAAGGUACCCAAGAUACAUCUGAUUUAAUGUCACCCAGCAAACGUAGCUCUCAGAAGUACAUCAUAGAAGGACUAACUGAAAAAUCAUCUCAGAUCGUAGACCCCUGGGAGAGGUUGUUUAAGAUUUUGAAUGUUGUUGGAAUGAGGUGUGAAUGGCAGAUGGAUAAAGGAAGACGAAGCUAUGGUGAUAUUUUGCAUAGAAUGAAGGAUCUCUGCAGAUACAUGAACAACUUUGAUAAUGAAGCUCAUGCAAAAUAUAAAAACCAAGUGGUUUAUUCCACUAUGUUGGUCUUCUUUAAGAAUGCAUUCCAGUACGUCAACAGCAUACAGCCAUCUCUGUUCCAAGGUCCUAAUGCCCCGAGCCAAAUUCCACUUGUUCUUCUUGAGGAUGUGUCAAAUGUGUAUGGUGACGUAGAAAUCGAUCGUAAUAAACACAUACACAAAAAGAGGAAACUAGCUGAGGGAAGAGAAAAAACCAUGCAGAGUUCCGAUGACGAAGACUGUUCUGCAAAAGGAAGGAAUCGUCACGUCGUAGUCAAUAAAGCAGAACUUACUAACUCGAUUGAAGUUUUAGAAAGCUUUAAAUUGGCCAGGGAGAGCUGGGAGUUGCUCUAUUCUCUAGAUUUCCUUGACAAGGAAUUUACGAGAAUUUGUUUGGCAUGGAAGACAGAUACUUGGCUUUGGUUAAGAAUCUUCCUCACUGAUAUGAUCAUCUAUCAGGGUCAAUAUAAAAAGGCGAUAGCCAGCUUACAUCAUUUAGCAGCUCUCCAAGGCUCACUUCCUCAGCCACAGAUCACUGGACAGGGGACCCUGGAACACCAGAGAGCACUCAUCCAGCUAGCAACUUGCCACUUUGCUCUCGGGGAGUACAGAAUGAUGUGUGAAAAAGUCCUUGAUCUGAUGUGCUACAUGGUACUUCCCAUUCAAGAUGGAGGCAAAUCACAGGAAGAACCAUCAAAAGUAAAGCCCAAAUUUAGGAAAGGUUCGGAUCUGAAGCUUCUACCUUGUACCAGUAAGGCUAUUAUGCCGUAUUGCCUGCAUUUAAUGCUAGCCUGUUUUAAGCUCAGAGCCUUCACGGACAACAGGGAUGACAUGGCAUUGGGGCAUGUGAUCGUACUGCUUCAGCACGAGUGGCCACGGGGAGAGAAUCUUUUCUUGAAAGCUGUCAAUAAGAUUUGCCAACAAGGAAAUUUCCAAUAUGAGAAUUUUUUUAAUUAUGUUACAAAUAUCGAUAUGCUGGAGGAAUUCGCCUACUUAAGAACUCAGGAAGGUGGGAAAAUUCACCUGGAAUUACUACCCAAUCAAGGAAUGCUGAUCAAGCCUUCUAGCCCUCCCAUGGGGUUACUGCAGCAGGAAUUCUUACCUGUGCCUCAGCCCAGCAUACAGACUGCUGACAGGCACCACACGGUCACUCGAGGCAUCACCAAAGGCGUGAAGGAGGACUUCCGCCUGGCCAUGGAGCGCCAGGUUUCCCGCUGCGGUGAGAACUUGAUGGUCGUGCUGCACCGGUUCUGCAUUAACGAGAAGAUCUUGCUCCUUCAGACUCUGACUUGACCGGAGAUCUUGCUGCCAGAGACUUGGUAGCUAUGUCAUUUUUUUGGAAGACAUAAAGCAGUGGUCGGCGUUGCUGUGACAACUCUUAAAAACCAGAAAACCAUCUGAGUUCUAACUCAUUGGUUGCUUCCAGGGUAGUUCCCAAGAGUCUGAGAAGCCAUUUCUAUUUUUAAGAAUCAUUUUUUUAUAAUUUUUGUAAAACAAAAUAACCCAUUUUGUAAAUAAAAAUCAUCUUAAAAUUCAGGACUAUACAGUUAUUUUAAUUUUUAUGAGUUUUGUAAUAGGGGUGCAUUUUUCUUCUGCUCUUCUAAGCACAUAGCAAGGGAAAAAAUCCAACACAAUUGAAUUGAGUAAUGAAUUUUAAUAUUCUAGCUACUUAAAAAGACAUUAUGCCUUCCAUGGUCUCAAGAUUUUAUUUUCCAUAGUUAAAAAAAAUAGACUUUAGUAAAUGUUACAUGGCAACAUAACAUUAGACCUUUUCAUUCAGGGAGUUUUAAUAUCAAAGCUUUUAUACAAAAAUGAACCCACCCAAUAUUCAUAUGCGUUCCUUGAGCCUUGUCCUCCACCCACUGACAUAUCUUAGCACAGACCAUGCAGGGACGGUAUGCUGAAGGAGCAAUGCACUUGGUCUGUUAGAAAGCCCAAGAAAAGAAAGCAAAGUAGAGGCUGAGUGGGGGCACGAGGAGCCUUCUCCCUUAGGCCGCAGGAAUAGCCUGCUGCAUGUGCCUCGUGGCCCAGUGGUUGUUGGUCAUGGGCUCUGGGGCCAGACCUGGCUUCAGACCCUGGCUCUGGCCUGCCAGUGGCACUUCCAUCAGGGUUGCGGGCAGGAAGUGUGUGACAGAGGGCCUCGUACGUGGCAAAUGCCUGGCCAGUGUUAGCUGUUAGGUUUAUUUUUUCUUUCGCUGUUCCAGAAAUACAUAAGGUAAGUAUCAAACACACAUUUGCUUCUAGGGGUUAUUUAAGAAUGAAAGACCUAAGAAGUUGUUAGUUACUUUGCAUAGUUUCUCAUAUCUUCACUAAAUAAGACUCUCUUUAUAGAUACAUUAACGUGGUUUAAAUAAUAGACAUCUGAUUCACUCUUUCAACUAGCUCAUAACAGUAUUUAUCUCUGUAAUGAGUUUAUUACAAAUACAUGAACCACCCUGUUGUGUUUUAUCAUGGUGUGCAUUGCUCCCCAACGUUUAAAUUAAAACACUCUUACCUUUUGGUUUUAUAGCACCUUCCUCAGACCCAUGUUCAGGGUCAGCUCUCGUCAAAACAAGACUUUCUAAUUUGGGAAUGGUGAUGGUUGGACAAGAUGAUGAAUAUAUGUAAUGUCACUGAACUGUGCACGUGAAGAUGUUGAAAUGACAAAUGUUUUAUUCCCUAUACAUUUACCACAAUUAAAAAAAAAAAAGUAUAGGAUAAAAACAAGACUUUCUAAUACCCAAAUCUGUUGAUACGAGGUCAAAAAGGACCAAUCAUCUUAGGUAACAAGUUUAAUCAGAGAGGGAGGGUAAAGUCAUUUCACCUCUGAUGAUACAGAAAGGGUUUUGAUGAGUUUUGAUUAUGCAGACCUCACUAAUAAAUUCUCACAGGUCGGCUGACGCUGGGGAUAUUAUUCAGCCACGCCACUUCUGUGUGAAGGAAUUGUAAGAGAAGGGCCAUAGAAUAUACUGGGAAAUCAGGCCCAAGUUUGCAGAAAAAAUGCACCCAGGCAAGCAUCACAGGUGUUUUGUUAAACAUAAUACCUAUGACUAAUAAGCUGUCACUUAGGACAGAUAGGAUUUGGAUGGAUGGAGGUGCUGGUUUGUAAGCCAAGUUAACAUUGAGAGUUUAAUCAAGUACCAGAUGAAAAACAGCCUUGUCUGGCAAAGUGGAAGGGUGUGAGGACAAAUGGGAUAAGAUACAAGAACAGCAAGCUGGGGGAAAAAAAAAAAAGCUGGGAAAGAUGGAAAAAAUGAAACAAAGAGUUGAUUUCUAUAUGGAAGGUCCCAAUAAGGGUUGACUUCUACCAGAACCCAAAACGGUAAUGGAUACUCUGGGAAGCUGUGUGCUCCCCCGAAGGAGCAGGGCCAGCUGUCAGUUUUACAUCCAAUGCUUUGGACGGAAUUCUGGGAAGGAAAGCCAGCAAGAUAAUGGCGUCUUUUGUCUACUGCAGUGUUUUGACAUACAUGAUUAGAUAAGGGGUUUAUAAAGUCUGAGGCAUUUUAUGACAUAAUAUAAACAUCCAGCAUUUCCAUCAACUUUGAAUUUAGAAUUGCGUGUAGCCUAAGGAAAAACAAUGUUUUGGAACUAAUGCCCGACAAAAACUGAUUACACCAAGAGAAAAAUGUUGGCUUACUACACUCUGGUGAAAACAGAUUACACAAAUGUGCAAUUGAAGUCCACUGCUCACAAUGUGUUUUCCCACCUAAUUUCAAAAUUUAAACCAGAGCUGUGUUAAAGAUUUCAAAAUUCUGAGACAAGGGAUUAUUCCAGAAGUGGCAUUAUUAACUGGUUUUCAUAGCUUACGUGGUGUACUGCUUACCAGUUUAAAAAAUCUAAUUCUUUUAUGAUUGAUAGAGAUUUCUGUCUCAACAGUGUAGCAUGUUGAAGAUUUUUCUCACAGUCUGUCUCCCCAGGGUUAUUUGGAACACAUGAGUAUGUUAAAGGAAAAAAAAUGUUGGAAUUUAAGUAGAUACCCUUUGGAUAUAAACUGUGGAUUACUGUACAUUUAUAAAAGAAGCCACAGUGAAAAGAGGCAAUUUAUAAGUGAAGCAGUUAGUUCACUUAAUUGUAAAUACAAACUAAUAUGAAAACAUGAAUAUGCCAAAUUAUUAUGUCUCUACUCUGCAUUUUUUUUUUUUUGUUUUGUUUAAUUAAAAACUCACUCCCACUUCCCUGUAAGAUGCAAGGUGCCAUGUAUUUGAGCAACCAUUGUUGGUUGUCCUCCCCUCAGCCAUUUCCCCACUCUGCCACUCACCCCCAACAUACUUCAUUGUCUCUGACUACAAGACCCUGAUUUUAUUCAGCUUACUCACCUUCCUCCACACAGCCAUGGGCUUGGUUAGUCCAAGGUCCCCUGGCGUUGCUAGUUUUGGAACAGCCAAGUGAGGUACUUCUAGCCAAGGAGGAAUGAAGGGAAAACUGCUGAGAGGCUUCUCGGAAAGGAUUUCUGGCUAACAAAAUUCUGAGACACACAGAGAUGCCUGCUUCUUCCACUGGGUGUUGUUUUUGUGUAGCACCUGGAUUCAUGGCAACCACCUCACAACCAGGAAGUGAGCUAGCUGACAACAAGCUGAUGUGCUAGAGCCAGGACUUCUUAUGUGAGGUAAGUGUUCCUUGUAACUCAGCUGAAUUAGGAUUUCCUGUUCCUUAUGGCUCAAGACAUCUUAACUGGUAUAAUAGCCAAUUUGAGAAAUACUUCUAGAUAACUCAUCUGAAGAGGUCUGCCUCUGCUCUGAUUGCUGGGAUUUGGGAUGGGUAAGCUACGGCCAUCCAUAAUGGCUCAUUUCAAGAGAAAAGCAGGACCAGGCUUCCUCAAAGAUGACUGUCCCCAUAAACAGUAGCUCCAUGAACAUCUUCGUAGGGAUUCCAGGCACAUGAUUUUACCAGCACUUAAAUCUCAAAAAAUAACACUGUUGCUUUAAUAAAUGUUUAUUUCACGCCUGCUACAUACAAGGCACUGUGUUUCGUGCCACGAAGAAUAUACAGAUGAACAAGGCAUAAUCCUUGCCCUUAAGAUCACAGUCUAGCAUGAGAAAUUAGGUACACAAAUAUCAGACAAGGCAAAAAGUGAUAAAUGUCGUGACAUAUCAAAAUAUUAUGAGAAUCCAAAGGAAGAAAAUCUUACUUGUGGAUGAAAAUAAGAGAUUAGAGAAGACUCCCUAGAAGGAAACCCACUGCCAUCGAGUCGAUUCCAACUCAUAGCGACCCUAUAGGACAGAGUAGAACUGCCACAGAGUUUCUAAGGAGCGCCUGGUGGAUCUGAACUGCCGACAUUUUGGUUAGCAGCCAUAGCUCUUAACCACUACGCCACCAGGGUUUCCUCCUUAGAAGCAGGGAUGUUUAAAAUGAUAGGUCAAAUGUAGACAGGAGAAAAUUAAGAGGAAAAGAUAAUCCCGUGAGUUUAUGAACAAAGAAGCAGGAUGCGCUGGCUCUGUUACGGAGGUGGCAUGGAGUCUUGCUGGUUGCAAUAAGUAGGGUGGGUCAAAGGAGUUGGGGAAAAGAAGCUGAGAAGACAUGCUUGGCUCAACUGUAGAUGGUGAUGUGUGCCAGACAAAGACCUUUCCACUUCAAUGGAAGGUUUUGAAGAGAGGUGAUUUGAUCCCAGCCUUCCUUUACAAAUGGCGGCAAUAAGUCGGUGACUUACAGAAGGAGGGACUGAGGGAAGGUGGCCAGUUUAAACUGAUUACCAGAGUCUGGACUACACUAAUGAAGUAGUGACAAUGAGAAUGAAGAAGUUACGGUGGAAGAUGGAGAUAGAAUUGAGAGGUCUCAGCCAUGAGUGAAUAUGGAAAAAGGGAGGAUAGAGGAGUAAAAUAGGUGAAAAGAUGAUGACAGUUUUAUACCAGGAACUGAUCCAUUCACAGAGCUAGGAAAAUCAGAAGGAGAAAAAAGUUUGAACUUGGGGGGAAAGAGGAGGAAGAUGAUGAGCCUGAGAUGCUGGUGGACAUCCAGGUAGAUGGGUCCAGUAAGGAGUUAAGAUUGGGCUAAGAGGCCAGGGUAGAGGUCAGAGCUGGAAACAGACUGGGAAGUCGUCCUUGCAGUGACGAUAAUUGAAGCAAAUAGGUUGAGAUGGCACCAUCUCACCACAGAAGGGUGAGAUGUACAAUGCUAUUGUACAACCCUGUUGUCGCAUUUUCCUUAAUUAUGGAGUUCUCACAGAAAAUCCGUAAAUAUGAUGAUGCAUCAUAUGAAAAGUGCUGUUCCCCUCUGUGUGUUCUCCUACUUCACUCCUGAGAAACCAUUUCUUCGGUUUUGUGAUUACGAGCAGCCAAGGUGCCUCCACUGUGGAGGGUCACUUUGAAAAGAUUUACUCCAAUGAGAGCUUUUUUUUAAAAAAAAAAAAAAAACUUUCCAUUCUCAUUUAAUUUGAAGACAUUUU